AUUUAGAUGAGCAACAGUAAUAAAAAAGUUCCAGAUAUAUCAGGUACUAAUGACAACAUAUGAUUCAUCAAUAAUACCUUUAUAUUAAUCAAUUUAAAAAUUCUUAUUUUAGAUUUCAAACCUCCAAAACAUACUUCGAUUGAGAACCAAUUAGAAAUCCAUAGGUAAUAAUGUCAAAAUAAUUAGAACUUUGAAAGGAAACAUGCAGCGUCGUUAUAAAAAUGAUGACUUUGAACCAAAAUUAAACUAAAAAGUAUCUCUUCCUAGUUUGCCUAAUUUAAAAAAAGCAGAUUUAUAAAGUGAUCAAAGUAUAGAAUUUAAUUAAUUUAGAAUUGCUGAAUCUAUCAAACGGAACUAAGCCUCACAAUAGAUUACCAAAAUUAGAAGCAAAAAGUGAAGUGCCAAAACAAAUGAAGUAAAUAUUGAAAGAAAUUAAAAAACAGAUUAGAAGAUGCAAUAAUUCAUUACAAUAGUGUGACUCCUGAAAGAAGAUAAUAAAGUCCAGAGAGAUAAUUAUCAUUAAAUAAAAAAAGAUUGAUGGCAAGAACAUGGAAUGGGGGAUAAUAUGCAUUUAAAACAAAAGCUGGAUGUUUAGCAAAUAAGACAUCAAAAACUAAUUAAGAUUCUGCUAUCGUUUUACCAAAUUGUUUAGAGAGGUAAAUUUCUUCAAAAUAAGUAAGUUUAGGUUAUAAUAUGUUUGGAGUAUGUGAUGGUCAUGGUUCUAAUGGUCAUUUAGUUUCUCAAUUUAUUAAGCAAGCAUUACCAAAACAUCUCGAAUCCUUAAUAAAUAAAGAGGAUAAUAAAAAUAAGAUUAUUUAAAAAGCAUUUGAAUAAACAAAUAAAGAGAUAUGGGAUUCAGAAACAGAUACAUCUUUGUCAGGAUCUACAACUGUUUCUGUUCUAAUUAAAAAAGAUUAACUUUGGACAGCUAAUGUAGGUGAUUCUCGAGCAAUUAUUUGUAGAAAUUAAGAGGGGAAUUGGAAAGCAAUAUAAAUAACAAGAGAUCAUAAACCGAAUGUUGAAGAUGAAAAAUAAAGAAUUCUUUAAGCAGGUGGACGAGUUGAGAGUUAGAAAGGUAAUAUUAUAUAUAUUAAUUAAUUAAAGAUUAUUAUGGGAAUUCUAUUGGUCCUGAAAGAGUUUGGUUAUCUUAUAUAGAUGCUCCAGGAUUAGCAAUGACAAGAAGUUUAGGUGAUAAAGUAGGUGCAUAGGCUGGAGUUACAGCAGAUCCAGAAAUAUUUGAAUUCACUUUAACAUAAUUUGAUUAAUGCAUAGUUAUUGCAUCUGAUGGAGUAUGGGAAUAUCUUUCAAACGAAGAUGUAAUGAAUGUAGUGACUCCUUAUAUUGAAAAAGAAAAUAUUGAUUUAGCUGCAGAUAGACUUAUGGCUGAAUCUAUUAAUGCUUGGAAAAGGCAUAGUUUAGCUAGAGAUGACAUUACUUGCAUAGUUGUUUACUUAAAGAGUUGAAUAAUUAUUA